CUCGACUUCGCUCCUACUCCCUGCUAAUGUGUGGUCUGCUUGACCCCCCAUCUGCAGCAUGUCUCAACUCGAUACCACCAACAACAAUGCACAGCAAGUAUCCUACAACACAAAGAACAGUCGCGCAGGCAUCCUAGACGCUGAACGCACCACUACCGACGUAUCCGGACCGACCGAUAGCCAUGUCUUGUCCAAAGUAGAUCAGGAUGAAAAGGGGCUUGCCCAGAGGGCUGGGGAUGCCGACACUAUCACCGAUGUGGGAUGGGACAAACCGCCGGAACAAAUCCACGAGCGUGUGGUCUCAGGUUUGUCGAAUGAAGACCUAUGGAUGCUCAUCCGACGAUUCAACAAGCAAGUUUACUAUGUCAAAGCCUUGCCGGAGGCUCCCCUCCAGCGGCUCGACCUGAACCGCGCGGAAGACGAACAGUUCUCCCCUGACAAACUGCGAGCAACCCUCGAGCGGUUCUAUACUAGCAUUGUUGUGUCUUUGACUGCCUUUGUCAAGCAUAUUGCAAGGCUACGUUCAUGGCGCGAGCGCAACCGGACAGCAGGGUUCUGCAUUGUCUACUUUGCUGCAUGGAUGCUUGACCUCCUUGCGCCUACGCUCUUCGCUGUCCUUCUCGUCCUGGUUGUCUCUCCCCAAUCUCGCGAAUUCUUGUUCCCUCCUGCGCCCAUUCCGCUGGUAAGCACGGAUACGGGGGGCAUACAGAAGCCCAAGGCAGGGGUUUUGGGCUCUCACGACAGUAUCACUGGAGCACCGGAGAAGAUGAAGGGUGAAGCUGCCGAAAGAGAGGCUUCGAAUCUCAUCACCAGUGUUGCGAGUGUCGCCGUGGGUAGCGUCGCCGGCAAACAUGACCAGGGAACUCCUGAAGAUGCGCCUAUUGAGUCAUCUGUGCCAGAUGCCAUGGAGAUUGCCACUAGCGCAGCGGAUGCUCAAACGGCCGCUCACGGAGAGAGCACGGAUGAAUCUCACGAUAAAACUAAGGAGCCCAUGAGGGAUACGGUCUACAACGCUGCAAACCUAGCCAUGCGUAUCCUUGCCGAUAUCAUUGACACCUACGAGAGGUUUGGCAAUGCUUUGUCUCCGACACCUCCAUUUUCCAUGAUCACUCCAUGCCUCCGCCUGGCGAGCGUGCUAUCAGUAGGCUUCCUCGCGUCCCUUAUCAUAUCGAGCCACAUCCUCGUCAAAAUGAGUACCUUUGGCGUGGGCUUUGCAUUCUUCGGUGACCCAAUCAUCAGACGUGGAGUGGCGUACCUGAACCGUGAAUUUCCCCGCUGGGAGAAACUCCUCGAGCUACAGAACUCCCUCCUCAAGGGCAUCCCCACCAACGCCCAGCUCGCACUCACCCUCCUCCGCAUCGGCGAAGCCAAUGGCGCGCCUCUGCCCCCUCCCCCAUCCCACUCCCUGCACGCCACGCCCGACCAACCCGCCCACGUCCGUAAAGAGGACAUCAAUCUCGACGCGACAGAUGAAGAGAUCAACGCGGCCAUUGCCCCGACGCCGCAGCCGCAGACUGACUCAACGCAGCACAAGGAGAUCCACCCGCACCCUCCCAAGAAAGGAUUCGCGACCCGGAUGCUAGGCUUUUUCCGGGGCACGACGGCAACGGGCAUCGAGAGCAAGCUGGCGGUGGACCGGGCCAAAGCGGCGGUGGGCUCGAAGCGGGCCAAGGGCCGCGUCGGCGUGCUCCGCAAGAAGGGCCAGAUCACCCUCCCCUCGGGCCCCGUGCAGUUUGACGGCCGCUACCGCGGCAAGCGCGGCGUGCUCGUCAUUGACCAGUCGCAGUCGCCGCCGCUGCUGUACUUCACCACCGACCAGUCGGUGCAAGUCGACGACCCCACCUUGGCGGGCCGCUCCAAGAGCUCCGUCCUCUUCAGCAUGCCCGUCUCCGACAUCCGCGAGAUGCGCAAGGUGGGCGGGCUGGGCUGGAAGGGCAAGCUGGUGACCGGAUGGGCGGUCGGCAGCAAGGAAGUGGUGGAUGGCCUCAAUCUGGUCGGCGUGCUUCCCGAGCAGAACUAUCAGCUCACGGCCAUGAAGACCCGCAAUCAGCUGUUUAAUCGGCUCGUGGCUAUUGAUGGACAGGUUUGGAAAUAAGUAUUUCCCGGUUCCUUGACACCUUUUAGUUUGCGAAUAUGGGUAUCUGAAUGGGUGGAGGGUAAAAUGAUACUUCAAUGGAUGGGUUGGGGUAGUUAAUGAUCGAUGCCGGGAAAGAAAGGGGGGGUUUACAUGUGACCAUGAUAUGCUUCUGAAUGUCCAAUAUUUUUCUCCACUUUCGGUUUGACAGGAACGAGGAUUGCAGGUUGUAUAUA